CCUGGGGAGCCCUUAAACUAUUGUCGUUGUCAACUUUUGACCCCUAAUCUAAAAUUUGUUUCCGAUUGAUCCUUAAACAAUUAAAAAUGCAUACUUUGAGGACUUCCGAUGACUUUGAGCACAAAUCUAACCGGAAUCAAAGGGCAUUUUUGUCUGUUCAUGUUUUGCCAGUUGCUGAUAGGACAGUUGAUGUUGUUCAGGAGAAUAUUUCUGAUAAAACUAAGGAAUCUUCUGCUGGUAAGGAGGUUGCUGGACUGGUUGAUGGCGUGUUUACGGACCCGGAUUCAGACUCGGGUUCACCAAUUGAGACAUCGAAUCCUUUUGCGCAGUUGACUGAUAUCGGGGAUGUAGAAGAUAUUGUUCCUCGGCGGUUGUCAUCUCCGUCUCAAUCUGCUCCAGCUCGCUCACCGCGUGGAAUUGAUGGAGAAUCGGUACAGCCCGUGAUUUUUAGGCAAAGAUCUGCUGGGAGUGUACAAGAAUGAAAUAGGUCAGCAUAUGCAGCGGCUUUCUAUGGUUGAUGAUGUUCCUCGUGCCGCUAUUAUAGAUGCUAAGGAUGUUCAAUUAUUGAAUAAGCUAGGUAACAAAGGUCGACCUGCAAAUUAUGAAGAAUCAGGGAUGGAAGACAUAUCUGAGUAGAGUUCCUGGACUUGCACUCGUGCUGCUGCUGCUGAUGGCUGCUGUAGUUUUGGAUGGUUUCUUUUCAUCUUCUCCUUUGAUUCCGGUCAGAUUUGUGCUCAAAGUCAUCGGAAGUCCUCAAAGUAUGCAUUUUUAAUUGUUUAAGGAUCAAUCGGAAACAAAUUUUAGAUGAGGGGCCAAAAGUUGACAACGGCAAUAGUUUAAGGGCUCCCCAGGUUU